AUGCGGUGGUUAUUCAUAUUAGCGGCUGUCGCAGUGGUUGUAGAAACCACUGGGCCUCGCAGAUGUGCGGGCCGACUCGCCCGAGAGAGGCUGAAGGCCGCUGAAAAAGUCCGCGACAAAAGGUUCUAUUUGCUAUGCUGUGCGGCGUCUUGCGCCCCGCAGAGGCGACCGCGACCAAAUCCUACCACCAGGCGGUAUCAGCCAUUCCACAAGACGUGGUAUGGAUUGAAACAUGGUAUGUUCCUUUAUUAG